UUAUCGAGUUAUGGAGAAGUCUCAUGAGCCUCACCCGCCGCACUACACACCGCCUCACGCCGACCCGCUAUUUGCCAUCCCACGCACACCGUUCGCACGCAUCCCGCCGAUGUGCAGGUGCACAUGCAAAUCCAUCUUGCCAACCAUCUCCCAAGUCAAGGCACAACUGCAACCAAGUGGUGUGACACGUACCAACCCAUCAAUUGCCAAUCUCCGAAUGUUCUCCUAAUCUCUCAUUCUAAUUCCUAUCUCCCCGACCUCUUAUAUUCCAGCCCUGCUAGCACGUUGAAGGAAAUUCUCGCAUCUUAG